GCGCAGGCGCAGACAGCACAGACUGGUCCAGGCCUCCCGCAGCUGGUUCCGAGGUGCUAGCCCCUCCGUGUUUGCGCAUGGAGGGGCGCGUGAGCUCCGUGGGCUCGCCCCACAGUUUCCUCAACGCUCCCGUGCUUUUCCGCGGCCCCGUGGAGCCCCUAGUCUUCCUGGCCAACUUUGCCCUGGUUCUGCAGGGACCGCUCACCACACAGUACCUUUGGCACCGGUUCAGCACGGAGCUCGGCUACAAUGGCACCCGCCACCGGGAGAACUGUGGGAACCAAAGCGCGGAUCCCCUCAUGAAGGAAGUGGAGACCCUGACAUCUCACUGGACCCUCUACAUGAACGUGGGAGGCUUCCUGGUGGGACUCUUCUGGUCCACCCUGCUGGGAGCCUGGAGUGACCGCGUGGGUCGCCGCCCAUUGCUGGUGCUGGCCUCUCUUGGUCUGCUGCUCCAGGCCGUGGUGUCCAUCUUUGUGGUGCAGCUAGAACUGCACGUCGGGUUCUUCGUGCUUGGCCGAGCUCUUUGUGCCCUUCUGGGAGACUUCAACGGCCUCCUUGCUGCUAGCUUUGCCUCUGUGGCAGAUGUUAGCUCUAACCACAGUCGCACCUUCCGGAUGGCUCUGCUGGAAGCAUGCAUUGGUGUGGCCGGGACCCUGGCAAGCCUUCUCGGGGGUCACUGGCUCCGGGCCCAGGGUUAUGCCAACCCCUUCUGGCUGGCUUUGGCCCUGCUGAUUGUCAUGGCUCUAUACGCAGCAUUUUGUUUUGGUGAGACGGUGAAGGAGCCAAAGUCCACCAGGCUUUUCACGCUCCGCCAUCAUCGAUCCAUUGCCCGGCUAUAUGUGGUUCCAGCCCCAGAAAAGUCCAGGAUGCAUCUAGCCCUGUACUCUUUGGCCAUAUUCGUGGUGGUUACUGUGCAUUUUGGGGCUCAAGAUAUCCUGACACUCUAUGAGCUGAGCGCACCCCUCUGCUGGGACUCCAAGCUGAUUGGCUAUGGCUCAGCAGCCCAGCACCUACCCUACCUCACCAGCCUGCUGGGCCUAAGGCUUCUGCAAUUCUGCCUGGCUGACACCUGGGUGGCUGAGAUUGGCCUGGCUUUCAACAUCCUGGGAAUGGUGGUCUUUGCGUUUGCUACCAUUACACCCCUCAUGUUCACAGGGUACGGAUUGCUCUUCCUGUCAUUGGUCACGACGCCUGUCAUCCGGGCCAAGCUUUCCAAGCUGGUGAGCGAGUCGGAGCAGGGUGCUCUGUUCUCUGCUGUGGCCUGUGUGAAUAGCUUGGCCAUGUUGAUGGCCUCCGGCAUCUUCAACUCCAUCUACCCGGCCACUCUGAACUUCAUGAAGGGCUUCCCCUUCCUCCUGGGAGCUGGCCUCCUCUUCAUUCCAGCCAUUCUGAUUGGGGUACUGGAAAAGGUUAAUCCACACCCGGAGUUCCAGCAGUUUCCUCAGAGCCCCUGAUCUGCCCGAAGCCAUGAGGAGCAAUGGACCCACACUGACGAUGUAUGCCUAAAGCCCAGCACACCAGCCACCUCGGAAUCCGUCCUUGACCACAGUCUAUCCACCCUUGACCUCAGCCUUGGCAGUACUCACUCUGGAAAGGGAGUUCAAGCCAGUUAUGAGCAACACCUACUCUCUGACUGAGCCAAUCUCUGCUAGAUACAGAAUCUAAUCAGGAGAGGUCCACUUUAGGGCAGGCUGCAAGGAGCCAUUUGUGGCAAGGGUUUCUUCCCCCCCCCCCCAUGCUAUUCAUCACUCAGAACCUUCUAGAGUGAAGGAGAUGGCAUUUCAGGGACCAAGCGUGAGACCGACCUCUCCUUCUAGCCCAUGGUACUAGGUCUCUGCUGUGUUCAGUGGCUUCCAGGCGAUGAAGCUCUGUCUAUGGUUGGGAAGCCGUCCUUGACCACAGUCUACCCACCCUUGACCUCAGCCUUGGCAAUUGUCACAGUAAAUUGUUUGAAUCAGUCUGAAAAGUUUA